ACACUGACAGUUGACUGGUUUCGUAUUUGUUGAUGGUUGAUGAGUAAUUGUUCACUAAAUUAGGAAUUUACUUGAUUUAUUUAACAGAAACCUUAUAAAAUGGAGCUUCAAGAUAUUUAUUACAAUAAAUCUGAAUAUGUGGAAACAGCUUCUGGUAAUAAAGUGAGCAGACAAACAGUGCUGUGCGGCUCGCAAAACAUUAUACUACAUGGCAAAGUUAUCGUUCAAAGCGAAGCAAUCAUAAGAGGCGACCUGGCGAAUGUUAAGACAGGGCGUUUCUGCAUCAUCAGUAAAGGGUCUGUUAUACGACCACCUUUUAAGAAGUUUAGUAAAGGAGUAGCCUUCUUCCCACUUCAAAUGGGUGACCAUGUUUACGUUGGGGAAAACACUGUGGUAAAUGCUGCUGUGGUUGGAUCUUAUGUGUACAUCGGGAAAAAUGUUGUUAUAGGCAGGAGAUGUGUCCUAAAAGACUGCUGUAUGAUUGAAGACAACUCCGUGCUGCCUGCCGAGACAGUAGUACCCUCAUUUGCUAGAUACUCCGGCAGCCCUGCCCGUUUUGUCACCACUUUACCCGAAGCCAUGCCUGACCUGAUGACAGAGUUCACUAAAGGCUACUACCAACAUUUUCUACCAACUACUGUAAAUUAAGUAAAAA